AUGGGCCACAUCGUAAUCGAAUCGGGCACCAAGUACUUGAGCGGGAAGGGGGAUGUUCUCCUCGGAGACGUGGUCUUCAGAAAGAAGCAAGCCGAUCAGGGAGAUAUAACGCAGCGCGUGAAGCGUUGGCGCUCGGUCGGAGGCGGGUCGCCCACGCCCAUGUCCUGCUGGCUCGUCAGCAAGGGCCUGGAGACACUUCGCCUGCGCAUGCACCACGCCACCGCCACCGCUCUCGAAGUGGCCAGGUUUCUUGAGACGGUCCCGUGCCUCAGCCGCGUCGUGUUUCCCGGGCUGGCCAGCCACCCGUGCCACACGCGCGCGGUCAAGUACUUUGGCGAGAAGAACAGCGGCGCGGUGCUCAGAUUCCACAUAUGUCUCUACGGCCCGACCGUGGACCAGAUGCUGACCGACCCGCAUCCUUUCAUGCACGCCCGUGAGGUGCCGGACUACGUUGGGUAUUGGUUCCGAGUGGCCAUCGGGUUGGAGACCGCAGAGGACAUCAUUUCCGGUUUCCUCCACGAGCUGGUGACGAAGGUGGGCGAGGUCAAGAAGUUCGACGCCAAAACGCGACAGCUGAGCUUCAGAGGCAAGCUCCCCUCGCCCUGUCCGUACCUCUUCUUUUUCGCUGGCGAAAGCGACGGCGGCAAAGGCCAAAAGCCCCCAUCUCAAUCGACCGAUGGCCAG